AUGCAACUUUCGUCGCUUUUCCUGUCGGCUACUGCCCUACUCGCUCAAGCAGCCUCGGCGGAUUACCUCCUCUAUUCGAGUCGGCGUGCGCUGUUUAACCCUCCCGCCCAAAUUCAAACCCGCCCCCCCGCAGGGUAUCUGCCAGGAUGUGUCGGAUUCACCAGGACGCGCUCUCAGAAUGCCGAGAUCGCCCUGGAUGCCGAAGGCGACAUUGGGAGCAAGUUUUUCCUGCUGCAGACGACACCAACGACGUGGGCUUUGCACUCAAAAGAGCACAGCUAUUAUCCCAUCACUGAACCUGGCGACCUGUUGGUCAUCACGGGGCCAUUUACCGUCGACGAGUCCGGUCGAUUUGUUUACAACGGGACGGAAGUUGAGGACGCCGGCUGGGUCGCCUGUAAACAGAAGCGUAACGAGGGCUUCUCCACGAUUUAUCUGACUGCAUCGUCCGUGCAGGAUGAGUCCUGCCGGGAAGUGGAGGUCUACGCAUACGACACGAACCAACGCGGCAUCUGA